GGGGUGGGGGGGAGACCCUGAUCCUCGAAGGAAAACAAAUAGGAAAGAGAGGAAGAGCUCUCACUUUGGAUACCUGCUGCUAUGGUUUACUUCCAUGUCCCUACACGGGUCUCUGCGCGCUGGCCUAUGGAAUGCAAGGGAUGUAAAUGAUAUUCAGCCAAAAAGGAGAAUCAGUGGAGGUGACUAGGUGUGUGUCUUUGUCCUAUGCUCGGGGCUUCCUAUCCCUGACAUGAGAAGAGAGUAGAGGGCGGACCUGCUCCAUCUUCCCUGCAGUCUAUAGAAUGGCUGUGUCCCCCAGGAGGUACUGGAGAUCAGCCUGCGCUCUCCGUGGUGCUGAAGCUGCAGGAGCCGCCGCCGCCGCCGCCGCUGGUGCUGUCACCUCUCUGGCUGGAGGCUUCCACAAAGCUGCCAUUCCGAUGCCGCUGCUGCCUCCGCAAUGCUUGCUCCUGGUGCUAGGCUUGGGAUUGGGACCGGGCUUGGUGGCUGGAUCGAGCGGAACCACAAUCGAACAGCCUACUAACAGCACGUCCUUGUCUAUCAUGGGCUUGAUGCCUCUCAGCGAAACGGUGGCAAAGGGAAAUAUCGGCAGGGGGAUCCUGCCCGCCGUGCUUUUGGCUAUUGAUCAGAUCCGCAAUGAAUCCUUGCUGCAUCCCUACGUCCUGGACUUGAAGCUCUAUGACACAGCGUGUGACAACGCAAGGGGACUAAAAUCAUUUUAUGAUGCUAUCAAGUAUGGACCUAAUCAUUUGAUGGUUUUUGGUGGAGUUUGCCCCUCAGUAACUUCUAUAAUUGCUGAAUCUCUAAAAGGAUGGAACUUGGUUCAGUUAUCAUUUGCAGCCACAACUCCAGUGUUAGCAGACAAGAAAAAAUAUCCCUACUUUUUCCGGACCGUUCCUUCAGACAACGCAGUCAAUCCAGCAAUAGUGAAAUUCCUCAAACAUUUCAAAUGGCAAAGGGUGGGGACAUUAACUCAAGACAUUCAACGGUUUUCAGAGGUGAGAAAUGAUUUAACCGGUGAACUGGAAGGUGCAGAUAUCCAAAUUGCAGACACUGAAAGUUUCUCCAAUGAUCCAUGCAUUAGUGUAAAAAAGCUUAAGGGCAAUGAUGUACGGAUAAUAAUUGGGCAGUUUGAUGAACAUAUGGCAGCUAAAGUCUUCUGCUGUGCUUAUGAUGAAGAGAUGUACGGCAGCAAAUAUCAGUGGAUCAUUCCUGGCUGGUAUCAAGCACUAUGGUGGCAACAGGCCAAUUCUUCCACCUGUUUGAGUAAAAACCUGCUUACUGCAAUGGAAGGAUACAUUGGAGUGGAUUUUGAACCUCUUAGCACAAAGCAAAUCAAAACAAUAUCAGGACGGACUCCUCAGCAAUAUGAAAAAGAAUACAAUGAAAAGCGAUCAGAUGUGGAAGCCAGCAAAUUUCAUGGUUAUGCCUAUGAUGGAAUAUGGGUAAUAGCGAAAACACUUCACCGAGCAAUGGAAUACCUUAAUGCUACCAACAAGCAUCUGAGCAUUCAAGAUUUCAACUAUACAAAUCACAAGCUUGGGAAAAUCUUCCUUGAUGCAAUGAAUGAAACAAAUUUCUUUGGUGUAACUGGGCAAGUUGUGUUCAGAAAUGGAGAAAGAAUGGGGACCAUCAAAUUUACACAGUUUCAAGAUGGGAAAGAAGUGAAAGUGGGCGAAUACAAUGCCGUAGCUGACAGUCUGGAACUGAUCAAUGACACCAUCAAAUUUCAAGGUGUGGAACCUCCAAAAGAUCAAACGUUUAUCCGAAUGGAGCGACGCCAAAUCCACCUGCCUCUUUACAGCAUACUUUCAGCCCUGACAAUAAUUGGAAUGAUCAUGGCAAGCACAUUUUUAUUUUUUAACAUCAAAAAUAGGAACCAGAAGUUAAUAAAGAUGUCUAGUCCUUAUAUGAAUAACCUUAUUAUCCUUGGAGGAAUGCUUUCCUAUGCAUCUAUAUUUCUGUUUGGCCUUGAUGGAUCAUUUGUAUCAGCAAAAACAUUUGAGACUUUAUGCACUGUCAGAACAUGGAUCUUAACAGUGGGCUACACAACAGCUUUUGGGGCAAUGUUUGCAAAAACGUGGAGAGUUCAUGCCAUUUUUAAGAAUGUAAAAAUGAAGAAAAAGAUUAUCAAAGAUCAGAAGCUACUGGUGAUAGUCGGUGGGAUGCUGUUAAUUGACUUAUGCAUCUUGAUUUGUUGGCAAAUAGUGGAUCCUUUGAAAAGGACAGUUGAAGAAUAUAAUCUUGAGCCGGAUCCUGCUGGGAGAGACAUUGCAAUUCUUCCAUUUUUGGAGCACUGUGAGAAUACUCAUAUGACAAUCUGGCUUGGAAUUGUAUAUGCCUACAAAGGCCUUCUUAUGUUAUUUGGGUGCUUCUUGGCAUGGGAGACACGAAAUGUAAGCAUACCAGCACUGAAUGACAGCAAGUACAUUGGAAUGAGUGUAUACAACGUGGGCAUAAUGUGUAUUAUAGGAGCUGCUGUCUCCUUCCUCACCAAAGACCAGCCAAAUGUCCAGUUCUGUAUUGUGGCUCUAGUCAUCAUAUUCUGCAGUACGAUUACGCUAUGUCUAGUUUUUGUGCCAAAGUUACUUACCUUACGGUCAAAUCCUGAUGUAGCAACUCAGACUAGAAGGUUUCAGUUUACGCACAAUCAAAAAAAAGAAGAUUCAAAGACAUCAACAUCAGUCACCAGCGUUAAUCAAGCCAGUACUUCCCGACUAGAAGGACUUCAAUCAGAGAAUCACCGCUUACGGAUGAAAAUCACAGAGUUGGACAAAGACCUUGAGGAAGUAACAAUGCAACUUCAAGAUACACCUGAGAAAACAACUUAUAUCAAACAGAACCACUAUCAGGAUCUGAAUGAUAUUCUCAGUAUACGAAACUUUACAGACAGCAAAGAUGGUGAAAAGGUUGUUUUAAAAAAUCAUCAUGAUCAAAAUAGUCCCUCACAGUGGAACACUAUAGAAUCAUCCAGAACUAACAAAGAUUCCAUAGAAGAUAUUAAUUCACCAGAACACAUACAGCGACGGCUAUCAUUACAACUACCCAUCCUCCACCAUGCCUACUUGCCAUCAAUAGGUGGUGUGGAUGCAAGCUGUGCCAGUCCAUGUGUAAGCCCUAGUGCCAGCCCUCGGCACAGACAUGUGCAGCCUUCCUUCCAAGUUAUGGUCUCUGGCCUGUAGGAAUGGAUGAAACAGGCUUCCUAGACUAUUCCUGUAAUUUCUCAAGAGAGACUCACCUGCACAUUCUGAUAGAGAACCUUUGCUACACAUAUAACAUUUGCUCUUAAUACAUGGAGACAGAGGAAUUAUAUGGAUCUAAUCCUGGGAGGCCAAUUUCAACCAGCGUGGGCUAGAAGAGAAAGCGUUAGAGAGAUGCACAGAGUCAUACCUGGAGCCUUAUUUGUGGAGUUUUUGUUUCUUUACUCAGAGGACUCAGAUAAAAGAAAUUCUUCCCAAAACUCUAUGAGCAAAAGAACAAGAGUAUAGAGUCCUCAAUCUUGCACAAUGGAGGAAAAAGAUUAAAAAAAAAAAAAAAAAAUCAGAAAGGUAACUUUUUAAAUCCAACUCACAAUGCUACGAAUAUGGCUGCUAUGAACUUUGGUUAGUACACUUUAUAUACAUGUAAAAAUGAAAAACAAAUAAAAAAAACACAAAAAUAAUAGUAAUGAAAAAAAAAGACAAAAAAAAUGAAGACAGCACAGCUAGGAAAUAUUUGCAGAGAAACAUACACGGGUUUGCACAAUUCUGCUGAAAUGCUCAAUGCAUUCCAUUAUAAGCCCUGCUAAUGUUUCAUAUCUCAGACAAUACACAGUGGAAAUCAAAUUUGAGAGCAUACUCACAAAUGAUCCCUCAGGUGACAGCGAGACAUGCAGUAUUACCAAGGUUUUGUCUCUGUAACUGAACUAAGCUGUUUUUACAAUGGUAUCCUAUAUUGAUGGAAGCAGUAUGAAGUCAGUAGGAAACCAAGGUUUUACUGUACUGAGCCAGAACAAUUUGCAGCACAGCACUUCAAAGAAUUUGGGAACGGCCCAGUUCCUACGCUCGCCAUUUGGGACUAUGUUUUAUCAAGGUUUCCGUAUUUUUUGUAAUGCACAGAACUGAGUGACUUGCAGGCUUGAGACCUAGUAAAUAGCUUAUAUGUCACAAGAUGGUUGGUUUGUCACAAUUUGUGUUUGAUUUGUUUCAUACAGUGCCACAGAAAAAGUACAAUAAAACCAAUGUUGCAGUGGA